AUGUGCGGAAUCCUCUUCACCCUUCGACCCCCCUCCACCUCCUCCCCCUCCACCACCACCGCCCCCCCCUCAGAAACACUCACAACCCGCAUCUCCCAGCGCGGCCCCGACCUCACACACACACACCACACGCACCAUGCCUCGAACACUCUCACGUUCACCUCCUCCGUGCUCUCCCUGCGCGGGCCCACCGACACCAUAACGCCCCAACCCCUCGUUGACCCCAGUACCGGCUCGGUCCUCUGCUGGAACGGCGAAGCCUGGCGUGCCAAUGGCUCACCCCUGGAGCCUGGCGUCAACGACGGCGCUGCCAUCUUCCAGCGUCUACUGGCCGGCGGGGAUGACGUAGCUGCGGUGAUGGAGUGUGUUGAGGGCCCCUGGGCGAUGGUGUAUUGGGAUGCUGUUGCGGGGCGCCUCUGGUAUGGGCGAGACGCACUCGGGCGACGGAGUCUGCUAUGGAGGAGUGAUGAAGAGGGCAGGCUCGUAGUUGCCAGUGUUGGUGACGGGCAUGGGUGGAGUGAGGUGGAUGCAGAUGGGCUUCGGUGGGUUCUCGUCGGCGGUGGAGAGACCGGUGUGGUGCCGUGGGCGUGGGAGGAAGAUGUGGCGGUGGGGAGCAGGUAUAUGAAAAUGCCUUUCCCAAAACUCACCACCUCCACUACAGACGCCGACGCCGACUCGCCUCCAACCUCCGCCGAGAUCGAGGAAUUUGGGCGCAUCUUAACCGAAAGCGUCAAUACACGCGUACGAGACAUCCCUUUUCGCGGGGAAGGAGACGUGAGGCUGGCGAUCCUGUUCUCGGGAGGACUGGACUGUACGGUGCUGGCCAGGAUCGUGCAUGAGUGCUUGCCCGCGGGGGAGCCCGUGGAUCUGCUGAACGUUGCGUUCGAGAAUCCGAGAGUUAUUGAUGCGCGGAAAGUGAGUGCGCAGGAGCCCAAGAAGGCAAAGAAGAAGAAGAAGCCCAAGAAUGGGCAUUAUAAAGGGCAGCAUAAGGAUAACCCAGAGCCAGAGCCCGAACCAGAGGCAGAAGCAGAAGCAGAGACGGAGGCCCCAGAAGAAUCCCUCCCAGAUACAGCGACCCCCGAAGCGCCGACAGACACCUACGAACUCUGCCCCGACCGCCUCACCGGCCGCAAAUCGCAUGCCGAACUACUCUCCGUCUGCCCGCGCCCCUGGCGCUUCCACGCCAUCAACAUCCCGCAGCCCACACUGCACGCCCACCGCGCCACCGUAAUCUCCCUCAUGCACCCGCACAACACCGAAAUGGACCUCUCCAUCGCGCUCGCCUUCUACUUCGCCUCCCGCAGCAUCUCAGACACCCCAGACACCACCCCCUCCCCCUCCUACACCACACCAUCGCGAAUCCUCCUCUCCGGCCUCGGCGCCGACGAGCUCCUCGGCGGAUAUACGCGGCACCUCACCGCGCACCGUCGGUCCGGGACCGCCGGCCUCAUCGCCGAGCUCCAACUCGACCUGUCGCGGCUGGGGCAGCGCAAUCUCGGCCGCGACGACCGCGUGCUCGCGCACUGGGGGCGUGAAGCGCGGUAUCCGUUUCUCGACGAGCGCGUGGUGAGGUGGUGUGUUGCUGCCAGGGUGGGCGGGAAGCGGGAUAAGGCCCUUUUGCGAGGGUUGGCGGGCAGUAUGGGGAUGAGCGGGGUGGCGGGGGAGAAGAAGAGGGCGGUACAGUUUGGGAGUCGGAGCGCGAAGAUGGAGAAGGGGCGGGUGAAGGGUACGGGGGUCUUGGGGGAUUGUUAG